AUGGCCGACUUGGUGACGGUGGCUUUGUACCACCGAGACCACUUUUCUCAAGGAAGCGCCCGACGAGCGUUUGGCUACGAAGCCUAUCACUGGGGUAUCCUCAUCAUGCCCCAGACGAGCCAAGGACAAGACUGCCACGUAUUUGAUGCCACCGACGCAAGUGACAUUGACCCCGUCACCUUUCGAAUGAAGAACCCUACUAUGGACUGGUGGUUCCGUUCCAAGACCGAUGCCGACCCUGCUCUCGGAACCAAGCUCAUCGGGCGUAUCGUCAUUGGAAGUGUGCCGGACGGGGUGUCAAAGCCGGAGCUUGAGGGCUUUUUCGGCAAGGUUCCCCUCCCUGUGAAAAAUACGCAUCCCCAGCAGAGUUGCGUGACGUGGGUUGAGGAUGCCAUUCGAAACCUGCAGGAGGAGGGCUGGGUGCAGAAAUUUGAUGUCCAUCGGUUUAAAGACUGGGCGCUGUCUUAUGCGGAUGAGAGGAUGAGAGGAGAGGAUUCGAAUGAGCCGUCUGUACAGUAUUAUAAUGUCGAGAACUAA